GUUUUUGUCAUCAUAAUUGAAAAGAUCAAAGAGGUGACUCCAAUUUUUGAUCAGGGCAAAAUGGACAGUGUUGAGUACGUUGUAUCUGAGAAUAUCUGGCGAUCUCGAGACCUUGAAGUUGAAAGUUGCAGUCUUGGUGUGACUAUUUUGCUAGAAUUGAAGCACAGUGAUCCACAGAAAAUAUUGGAAGUGCAUCACGAAAGUGGCAUAAAUGUCACGGUGAAGGAGAUUCGUGAUCAAACAAUAACUGUUGCUCAAAAUCUCUUAAAUUUGGGUAUUAAAAAGAACGAUAGAGUUGUAUUCUUCACAAACUUGAACUUGAAAAUAACACCACUUACGUAUGCCUGCUACACAAUUGGUGCACCAGUCUGUUUCUUCGAAAUACAUCUUCCACAAGAACAUGUUCCCGCUUAUCUGGAAAUUCUCGAUCCAUCUGUAAUAUUAUAUGAAGAAGAAUUUAAGUCUAUGGUCACAGAAGGUUUAAAAGGUCUUAAUCUAACGAAUCUGAGAUAUGUGCUCACUUUGGACGGUGAACAAAAGUCUGUUGAUGAGUUACUCUUUGCACCAGCAGUUGAUAUUGAAAGUUUUGAAGUUCCUGACAUUGGAGAUCCAAGGACGCUACCAGCUUUGUUAACAUUCACAUCUGCAACUACUGGUCUUCCAAAAAUUGUUAUGAAUUCUCAUGCCUUGGUCAGACAUAGUGUCCUCAAAGAAUUCGUUACAAAUCCAGAGAGUGUUGUUCUGAUUCUGAGUGAAAUCCGUUGGAUUGGUCCGCAAAUCUUGAUGCUGCAACCUGCUCUUCUUGGGAUUAAGCGAAUUUACAGCUCAAUACCUUACAUGGAAUUGACUGGUGAAUGUGUGAGGACAAUAAUUGACAAACAUAAAGUUACGGUUUAA